UAACUAGACGCGCUAUUAGAAAUUCGCAUUUCUGCACUCUGUCGAACGAGACCCGGCGCAGGACAAAGCCGCCAUGAAGGCCUUCGUUGCAGUAGCGCUCUUGUCUGCAGUUUCCGUGGCAUAUGCUGCCGUCAAGACGGACCUAGUCGGCGGGCUUGGCGCAGGAUCUUUCGGAGGCAGUUCUGCCGGUUCUUUUGGAUCAGCCGGAGCUGCUGGCCCAAGCCUAGGCCUUGGAGCAGGUUCUAGAGGCUCAUCCGGCCUUGGCGGUUCUGGUGGACUAAGUCUAGGAGGCUCCCCGUCCGGUGCUGGCGUCCUCGGUGGUGGUUUCUUUGGAAGCCCUAGCGGCGCAUUCCCCUCAGGUGCUGGCGUUUCCGUGUCUGGCCGCCCUGGAUCCGCUGGAUCCGCUGGUCCUAGCGCUGGAACCCCAGGUGUCCGACCUGGCGUAUCCGGAUUCGGCCUUCCAAGUGGGGGUGUCUCUGGUGCAUGGUUCCCUGGCGGCUUCAGCGUAGUGCCUCUGUACAGCCCAGGAUUUGUCGGAUAUGGUCCCUUCGGUGCUGGCUUCGGGGAUAACUAUGGCUUUGGCCUCGCUGGCGUCCCCUUGUUUGGCGGAUAUGGUUACGGUCCUGGGGCAGCCUGGGGCGGUCUAGGCGGUUAUGGCUAUGGUUACCCCGGCUUUGGGGGCGUGUGGGGCCCUGUAGUUGGAGGAGCCUUUGGAGUCGCUCCGUCCGCUGCUGGUUCUGUUGGCCUUGGAGCCUCUUCAUCUUCUUCUGGUUCUGCCGGCAACCGGGGCGCAAGCAGUGGCCUUCGUGGAUCUGCAGGAGCACGUGGAGCUGCCGGUGCUGGAGGCGCUAGUGCAACAUUGUCGAAGCUGUCGUAAUCAAUGGACAUCACCAUCAGCGUACCCUUUGCGAGAGCCAAAGUGAGUGGAUGUUUCAAACCUGUGCCCUUAGCAUCGUCUCUCACAAAAUACACAAUAUACAGUCAUGAGCAAUGCCAUGAAAACAUUAGGCACGAAUGUGAUCACCACCAGGACGAAGUUGUCUUUAACUGAGAAGCUUUCUUUGUGACAAACCUGGCGUGUUUAUUAUGUAGCUUCAUAAUACAUGGAUAUGGAUGAAAGUCCGUUUUGAUUAACCUUCCACCAGCUCGCGGACUUCAGUAGAACUGAUUUCCUAAAUUCAAUAACAUUGACUUUGUUUUUGCUUUAUUUGGGCAUAACAGAUAGACGGCUUGACCGCCAGAUAAGGCAAAGAGGAGGGGGAGGGGGAGGCAGCUUAAACCACCCGACAGGCCUUUAUCUCGAUAGAGCAGCACAGAUAGUGCAAUUUAUAAGUUAUAACAAGUAGAAUGGGCAUGUCCUAAGGACACAGCGCAAUUUUUUAACACAUUGCAAAACAUUUGAAUGCUACAUUAUUAAUGCAGCAACCUAAACAUCAUUAUUGUCAUCAAACAAUUCACAGUUAACACUUGUUCAAAACAUUUGGAUCAGAAAAAAAAAGUUGUCUUUUAAUUUAUCAACAACCUGUGACCUGUUAGCCUACGGUUUAGAAAAAAUGGUUCAGCUAAUGCCAUGGAAAUUUGUCGGUUUGUGGUGAAUCGCAUGUAACCAAAGGAAAAUUAUUAUUUUUUUCUGAUAAACCAGAAUGGGUUAUUCAUGGAUCUUAUUGUCCCAACCAUGUGGAUGAUUACGUAGUGCAAUUCACCAGGCAUAUCCGAUUGGUCGGGAGGAAUCUCUUGGAAGUCAGACCUAAAUAUUUAUUUGAAUUUCCAUGAUCUUUCCUCUACCUAGUACAACUCAAAAAAGAUUGAUUCUAUUUUCUACGUCAAUAAUAGGUGUGCGUGCUCAGAAUAAACGGCUGCAGUUUUCUAUGCGUCUUCCAAAUGUAGAGGCUCAAUUUAUCACACAGUUUUUUUUCUACAAUUCCAGCAACAACUUUCCCGGACAAUGACAGAAAACAACAAGACGCUUCAGAGUAAUAAUUGGACAGUUCACAAGCAUACUUUUAAAUCGCCAUGCAAUAAAUGAAACAAUCAAGUUGUGAGCGAAAUAAAGCCCCUUGUUUUAUUCAUAU